GGCAUGUUUGUGAAUGGCCGACCACUCCCAGAGGUCAUCCGCCAGAGGAUUGUGGACAUGGCACACCAGGGCGUGAGACCCUGCGACAUCUCCCGCCAGCUGAGGGUCAGUCACGGCUGCGUCAGCAAGAUCCUGGGCAGGUACUAUGAGACAGGCAGCAUUAAACCAGGAGUCAUCGGUGGCUCAAAGCCGAAAGUCGCGACUCCUCAAGUGGUGGAGAAGAUCGCCGAGUACAAGCGUCAGAACCCGACAAUGUUUGCGUGGGAGAUCAGAGACAGAUUGCUGGCAGAGGGCAUUUGUGACGGAGACACAGUGCCCAGCGUCAGUUCCAUUAACAGGAUAAUUCGCACUAAAGUUCAGCAGCCAUUCAAUCUUCCUCUGGACAGUAAAGGUGUCAGUCCUGGACAAACACUGAUUCCCAGCUCAGCGGUCACCCCUCCAGAAUCUCCUCAGUCAGAUUCUCUGGGCUCCACGUACUCCAUCAGUGGACUGCUAGGAAUCCCACAGACCAGCAGUGACAGCAAGAGAAACCAUGACGACAGCGAUCAGGAGAGCUGUCGGCACAGCGUGGACUCUCAGAGCAGCGCCGGUGGAGCCCGGAAACAGUUGAGAACGGAUCACUUCCCCACGCAGCACCUCGACUGUGGAUUCCAGCGACACUACAGUGCAGACGCAUUCAGCUCGGCUGCGGCUGGGAAAACAGAGCAGUCGCCGUAUCCUCUCUCGCUCAUCAAUGGCAGUUUGGAUGAGGGUAAAAGUGGCUCCACUAUCAGUCGAAACCUGGCAGCACAUCAGGGAUACACGGUGGUCACAGGACGAGAAGUGGCGAGCUCAAUGUUGCCCGGUUACCCUCCACACAUCCCUUCAGCAGCUCAGACGGGUUUCUCAUCGUCCACCAUCACAGGAAUGGUUGCAGGUCCAGAAUACACGAGUCAGACGUACAGCCACCCGACCUACACCUCGUACAGUGACGCCUGGAGAUUCACCAACUCCACUAUCUUGGGUUCUCCAUAUUACUACAGUUCAGCGUCACGAGCGGCUCAUCCGUCCACUGCCGCAUACGAUCAUCUCUAGUUCCAGAGAAACAACUGUCGCUUUUUACAAUGGAGUAUUUAGUGAAAGACAAAAGGGGUAUGAAGAAAAAAACUAAAAGCUAUUCAUGGACGACAUCUUUUGUUGCCUCUAAAACUAUUUAUUUCCUGCUGAAGGCAAUUUACCCGUUUACACAUUUACCACCAGUCGCAGAGAAUUUACCUGUAUUUAUAUUUCUCUGUAGCCAAAGACAUUUCUGUUGUGAACUGUUUUCAUAGAUUGUGAAACAUCUAUUUUUAUUUUUCAGUGCAGUUUUUAUAUCCAAAACUUAAGAGUAGCUACCUACAACCUGAAUACUACAAAACCGGCAACUAUAUCCACACAAUGAAACCAAUAAGCAGUACCAAUGGAUUAAUAAUAGCCUACUAAACAGCAUCAGAAUUCAUAGGUUUUCUGCUUGAGAAAGUAAACUGCAUUCGGGAUUAAUGAGUAAAGAUCAUGUUGGGCAGGUGUAGUUUUAUUGAGGUUUGUAUUUAAGGUAAAUGGACUGAUAUCUACAGAACUACGAGUAUUUCAAGUUGUCACUCAUACAUCCCAUAUUCAAAUAUAACAGUGUUGCCUUUCAUUAACUCAAAUGUCUCUUUUCAGUUCACCGUAUUUCACCAUCAAAUCCAGUGGUUUUUCAUAAAACGUGACAUUCAGAAGUAGUGUUCAUAUUCAUUUCAAAAACACUACAGAUGUUUAAUGGUUUGGGGCAAUAUGUACAAAAUGAAAUUCUUUUAUGUUCUACAUGUGAUUAUUGGGGCAUUCAUUAGUUUCAUUCAUAUCUUCCAGUUUUUCCAGUUUGUCACGAUUUUAUUUCUGUGAUUAAAUGAGUUUUGAGCUUCAGAAAUUAAGUUUGAUUGUUCUGUCAAUUAUAUUAUUCAAAUGUAAAUUAAUAAUUUCUACAAAAUUAUUUUGAAUUAAAUAAAGCAUGACAAAGCCA